UUCACUUAUGAAAUUUUACAAAAAAAAAACACGUUUUCUUUUUCUGCAGAUACGGCUAAAAAUAAUUUUUUGGAUUAAAAUAUUGCUUCCUAUGUGUCAUUUACUUUCAAUAGCUACACCAAUCGAAUGACAUUUUGGCAACGAAUGUACAAUUCAUUGUGUUUUAGGUUUGAAGACUUGGCACAUCCUAUUUAUUUCAUACUGAAGCAACAAAAACUAAUGGAAAGUCUGUUUCCUGAAGCCAAAAAUUGGCCAAAUCUCGAAGAGAUCAGAAGAAAUGUAUCGCUGGUUCUGUUGAAUACGCACACAACGUUAGGUACUCCACGUCCGUAUGCUCCAAAUAUGAUUGUGGUCGGUGGUAUGCAAAUACAAAAAGACAUCGAGCCACUGCCCCUCAAAAUACAAACAUUUUUGGAUGAAGCGGUUAAAGGAGCUAUUUUUGUCUCUCUUGGCUCUAGCGUGCUAAUAACUAAACUAAGCAAAAAUCAGUUCAAUGCCAUCGUCAAUGCAUUCAAAUCGUAUCAAAAUGUUCGAAUUUUGAUCAAAAGUGAUGAAAAAAUUACAAUUUCAUCGCAUAAGGAAUCUGAUAUUCUGGUCGAACCAUGUUUCAAUCAACAAUCCAUUUUGGCACAUUCACGUAUUAGAUUAUUUAUAACGCAUGGCGGUCUAUUGAGUAAAACAGAAGCUGUUCAUUUUGGCAAACCCAUAGUCGGUAUUCCAUUUUACUUUGAUCCACACUUUAACAUGAAAUUGGCCGAACAGAAAAGCUUUGGAAUCAGUGUUCCGAUUGAAACUUUAAAUGCGGGAAACAUUGCCGCAGCUGUUGACAAAGUACUUAGUGUAUCAAGGUUGAUUUUCAGCUAUGCAGAGAAUGCAAAGUUAAUAUCUGAUAGAUUCCGUGAUCAGCCACGUACUCCAAUAGAAACAGGAAUGCAUUGGGUCAAGCAUGUAACAACGAAGAACAAAGGUGCUCCGCACUUGAAAAGUGUUGCAGUCGAAUAACCAUUUUAUAAAUUGUACAAUUUGGAUGUGUGGACGUUCAUUUAUGGUUUAGAUUUAAAACAAAAAACAAAAAUGGCAUAAUAAGUUUCAAACAUUGCGGUAAUGAAUCAUUUCAGUGUUGUUUAGAAUUGGUUUGAAUUUAUCCGUCAAUGACGGUGAAUUCAAAUUGAUAUUUUUUUAUUUAAUUUCAUUACGAUCGUCUUUAUUUAAUAUAUGGUUAUUGUUUGCGAAUACUGUUUUUUUAUUAAAUUUUUAGGAGAUAAAUAUCAUCAAAUAAAAAACCUCUGUCGAGGUGAUGAUCCGCUGUGAUAAUUAUUUAUAUAAAACAUUUGUCCAAAUAAAAUGCAAAAUAAAUGAAAGUCUUGCAAAGUAAUACGCACUUGCACUGUUUCUAUGGACAAAAUUAUUAAGUCGUCUGAAGAUUUGAAAGUGGUCACAUUUAUUUAUUUCUGUUCUUCAGACACAGAAGCAAACAAAAUUGCUUCCCGAA